GCAGGAUUGGAUUAGAUUCCUUGACUGUUUAACCGGCUACACACGGAAGCAAAGUCUGAGUGAAGUCUGAGGCAUGGCGGUGUGCUUACUCGGAAGUCGAUUCCUGAAAUGCAGAAGUUACUUAGGGACGGCCAUGACAGCGAUCCAGCCGUACUGGUAACUAUAGGAGGUUUUCAUGCUCGUGUGCACAAAUAUAGACAACAACCGCUUAAUGCUGCUGCAAAGUAGGACUCGACUGCACCGCUUCUAGACACGCUUUAGUUACUGUUUAGAGAUAUGAACUUUUUCUGGAGGUUAGUUCUGCACAAAUCCAUAAGAUGGCGCAGUAUGCCAGACAAUGCACAAUGAAGCCUGUUGAAUCAUGCAGUCUGUGGUUAAAGUUGAGAGGCAGGCAGUCAAACGGCACCAUAAAUGUGUGGUAUGGAUAUUAGUAGGCCUUGUAGUCGUAAUGUUUUAUGAGCUGUUACGAGAAUAUUAGCCAUAUAUGCAAGAAUGCUUAUAACUUACUUUUUUAAAGGCGCAUUGCAUGUAAAAAUAGGUAUUAUCUGAUUUUGAAGCACAGUUGUUUAAGUGUUGUGGACUUUGUUUUGCUGUCACUGUCAUUUUAGAGUCAGUCAUGGUUGCAUUUUUAUUAAUCAGUGUCUGUGUGUCUCCCUGCAGCUCUUCAGUGACCUCAGGCCGGCAGCACACUAAUGGAGUGGACCUUUACUAUGAGCGGACAGGUGGAGGUAAACAUCCCCUCCUGCUGCUCCCAGGUGCCAUAGGUAAAGAUAACUCAAACACACCUCUGACAAAGAUCUCCCACACACUUUACUUUAUUUAAUCUCUUUUUGAACCUUUUGUUGUUGUCUUCUGUCUCAGGAAGCACCCGCACUGAUUUCGGCCCUCAGCUGAAGUCUCUGGAUAAGGAGCGCUUCACUGUGGUUGGCUGGGAUCCUCGUGGUUAUGGCCGGUCCCGCCCCCCGGACAGAGACUUCCCCCUGGACUUUUUUGAGAGGGAUGCGAAGGAUGGUGUGGAUCUAAUGAAGGUAUGUUACAAAUGAUCUCGUACAUUUACUGUGAUUUGAAAUCCACUGUCUGCUUUAAUCUCCUAAUUUUGCAUGAUAAAACGAGGAAAUUAACCUCUGUUCAUCACUGUUUGGUGCAUUUUAAACAACUAUUUGUGUCUGAGACGUUUGGUAUUUUCAUUUUUAUCUGCAGGCUCUGGGUUUCAGUAAGUUCUCUCUGCUGGGUUGGAGUGAUGGAGGGAUAACCGCUCUGAUCGCAGCAGCAAAACACCCAAAUCUGAUCAACAAGCUGGUUGUUUGGGGAGCAAAUGCUUUUAUCACCCAGGAGGACCUUGACAUUUAUGAGGGUACUCCUCCUCUGAUGGAUUUCUGCCAGUGACAUCUUGAACUUUUCAGUCAGUGCGUGGUGUAAUCUCAUGUAACUCUGAGUCCUUGUGUGCGCAAAGGGGUGCGAGAUGUCUCCAAGUGGAGCGUGAAGAUGAGGAAGCCACUGGAGGAGGUGUACGGAGCAGAAGCAUUUGCUAGAAACUGGGGGGCCUGGGUGGAUGGGAUCACACAGUUUGCAGCAAAACCAGAGGGUACAUUGUCAAUAUGUGACUUUAUCUCUGUACUUAUGAAAGAACUCACAGUGGAGUUGAGGCCAUAGCCGUGUCAUAUACCUCACUUUAAUAUUAUCAGAAGAGAUGUGCAUCCAGAGUUUAACCAUUUCUUUAAUUUCUUGACAUCAGGGAGUAUCUGCAUUGAGCAUCUGCCUCUGAUCAGCUGUCCAACCCUCAUCAUCCAUGGAGAAAAAGACCCUGUAGUGCCGACCCUCCACGCACACUUCAUCAACAAACAUGUCAAAGGAUCAAAGUGAGGCCACACAUACCAUCUCAAAUAUACUCAAUUUAAAUUACCUUACACUAUGAAAUAACCUUAAUGUCUUAUUUUGACUCCAAAUCUAGACUCCACCUGAUGCCCGAGGCUAAACACAACCUCCACCUGAGGUACGCUGAUGAAUUCAACAAACUAGCGGAGGACUUUCUGGAGAGCUGAGUGAUUUAUAAACACUGUGAAACAAUGUCUGAUCAUGAUAGACGAAGAAUGUAACCAGGAGAAAUCAACACUAUUUUUUUAACAAGUAAUUUAGCCAGUUAUAUAACCUCUGUUUUUGUCGAGCUCCAUCUUUAUAAGCAAUAAUUGCAAAAUAUUUUCAUUGUUUUUCAGUGAUUAAACUUUUAGAAGAGAAAAUGGUCAGCUUUGUUAAUGUGCUGAAACAGCAAAAUAGUGUUGUCGUGUACAGAUUUUAGCAAGGCUAAAGGUGAAUAAAAAGAUGAUUAAACUCCCCUCUAUCAGCGGAGACAUUAAAGAGUUAGUUAACUUCUGAUAUAAUAUCCUGAAUUUCAGUUUUGCAUUUCCUUCAUUUCCACUUUUGAUAUGAAGUCUUCCUGAAAAUUUAAGCCAAUACUUUUAAACUUUUGCUCUCAAAUCUUUCGUACAAAUGAUUAAAAAAAAUCAAACACACUGCUAUACAUGCAAUUUUAAUAGAGACUUCGAGUUUGUUGGACUUAAAAUAGUAAAUAAAAGUCAUUUUUGUCGCGAUGA